AUGGCUGUCCCACCAUCAUACAGUGACUUGGGAAAGUCUGCCAGGGAUGUUUUCAACAAGGGAUAUGGAUUUGGAAUGGUCAAGUUAGAGUUGAAGACCAAGUCUUCCAGUGGGGUGUUGGAAUUCACUGCAACCGGUUCUUCCAAUACGGACACAGGCAAGGCUUCAGGCAGUCUAGAGACCAAAUACAAGGUCAAAGACCAGGGACUGACAUUCACCCAGAAGUGGAACACAGAUAACACACUGGGAACAGAAGUUUGUGUUGAGAAUCAGUUGGCUGCAGGGUUGAAGCUGGCUAUUGACACUACAUUUGUACCAAACACAGGGAAGAAGAGUGGAAAGUUGAAGACUUCCUACAAAAGAGAUUAUGUACAUGUAGGCUGCAACGUAGACAUUGAUCUCUCUGGACCAACCCUUUAUGGCUGGGCAGUGUUGGGCUUUGAAGGCUGGCUUGCUGGCUACCAGAUGGCUUUUGAUACAGCCAAGUAUAAGCUUACACAAAAUAAUUUUGCCUUGGGAUAUAAGGCAGGAGACUUUCAGCUGCACACUAAUGUGAAUGAUGGCACUGAGUUUGGUGGGUCUAUUUAUCAGAAGGUUAAUAAUAACGUUGAGACAUCAGUCAAUCUUGCAUGGACUGCUGGCAGUAACAACACACGUUUUGGUAUUGCUGCAAAGUACCAAAUGGAUGAGAAGACUUCCGUUGUGGCUAAAGUGAACAAUGCCAGCCUCAUUGGAAUUGGUUACACUCAGACCCUCCGACCUGGUGUAAAGCUGACCCUCUCAGGCUUGAUUGACGGCAAGAAUUUCAGUGCUGGAGGUCACAAAAUUGGGCUGGGAUUUGAGCUGGAAGCUUAACACAACUUUAAGUGAAACAAUUGGUGGUGCUCUGGAAGAUGAAGGAAAAGUGUACCUGGUGCAUUUCAGCCUUAAUAUUACUCUGAAAUUUGAAGAAGUGUGAACUUUCUACUCUUCCCAAGAAUGACUUUAACCCAAUGCUGAAGGCCAGAGUGUGCCAGCACAACACAAAGGAAGACACUUGAAGGCGUGCAUGGAAGUUGUGAUGUUUGUGCCACAUUUCAGUUUCCUGUAUUUUAAAUCUGUUCCCCCCCAAAAAAAAAGAAGAAAAUCCAACCUCUCCCAUUAUUGUAUUGCAUUUUGCAUGUCCUAUACUUCACAGCCUUUUAUAAAAGGAGGUCUCUGUGCUGUAGUGGAAAUUUGGGGUUACAUCAGAAUGAAAUAAAUUGGUCACAGUCAGAACAUAAAGUUGGCAUAUGUUGACUCUC